AUGAGUGGCUCUGGCAAAGGACUCCUAGGACUGUGGCUCUACAAGACCGGCGAGGAAUGGAUGCUGAAGGACCCCCAAAGGAGCAAGAGCAGGAACGCCUCCCCGGAGAAGGAUGCUGAGGUGCUCCAUCCUCCUCAGAAUUCGCUGGUGUUCAACCUCAAGAACCAGGUUGGAGGACUAGCCAAAGCGCUCAAGGUGUUCCAGGAACGCGGAGUGAACGUGGUGCACAUCGAGAGCCGGCGAUCGCGGCGCCGCCACUCCGAGUACGAGAUCAUGGUGGACAUCGAGUGCGACAACUCCAAGAUGGACAACCUCACCCGCAUCCUCCAGCGCCAGAUGUCGUGCUUGAGCCUCCACGACUACGACCAAGGCGAGGAUUUCCCCCCGCCCACGCCCAUGGCCCAGGAGAGCUUUGAUUUCGGCGACAUGUGUCCUUGGUUUCCUCGUAAGAUCAGCGACCUCGAUAACUUCCAGAAGGUUCUAAUGUAUGGAUCAGAUCUCGACGCCGACCAUCCAGGCUUCAAAGACCCCGUCUACCGCGCCAGGAGGAAGGUCUUCUACGACAUCGCAAUGAAAUACAAAUUCGGUGAGCCGAUUCCCCGCGUCGAGUAUACUGAGGAAGAGAUCAAGACGUGGGGCACCAUCUUCCGCGAGCUGUUCCGAAUGUACCCGACACACGCAUGCAAGGAAUAUAACGCGAACUGGCCCGAUCUGGUCAAGUAUUGCGGAUAUAGGGAGGACAAUAUUCCACAAUUGGCAGACAUCGACAAGUACUUAAAGCGCACGACAGGGUUCACGCUCCGCCCCGUGGCAGGGUACCUCUCCCCGCGUGAUUUCCUGGCAGGACUGGCUUUCCGCGUCUUCCACUGCACGCAAUACAUUCGCCAUUCGUCGGACCCCUUCUAUACGCCGGAACCGGACUGCUGCCAUGAGCUCCUCGGCCACAUGCCCCUCCUGGCCUGCCCGAGUUUCGCCCAGUUCUCGCAAGAAAUAGGCCUAGCUUCCCUCGGGGCCAAUGACGAAGACUUGCAGAAGAUUGCUACGUUGUAUUUCUUCACCGUCGAAUUCGGAAUGUGUAAGGAGAGCGGGCAGCUGCGGGUGUACGGCGCCGGCCUCCUCUCCAGCAUCGGGGAGCUGCGCCACUCGCUCUCCCCGGCGGCCAAAGUGGAGCCUUUCCUCCCCGACGAAGUGUGCCAAGUGGAGUGCCUCGUGACCACUUUCCAGAACCAGUACUACUUCACCGACACUUUCGAAGACGCGAAGGAGAAGCUGAGAAAAUUCGUGUCGACCAUCCACCGUCCCUUCGGCGUGCGCUACAACCCCUACACCAUGAGCGUCGAGAUCCUCAGCAACCCCGAGAAGAUCGCCGCCCUUGUCUCCGAACUCAGGGGGGACCUGUGUAUCGUCAGGAAUGCGCUGCAGAAGAUCCAUGAACAAGAUGAUGACGUUGACAUUGAGAACUUCAAGAGCAUCUUGACGUCCGCUCUCAAGUCGGAGGAAUCAUCCAAGAGCUAG